GAGUUCGCGUUCGCGCUCGACGUGCACGGGUUCGCGUUCGCGCGGGCGCCGAGCGCCGAGACCGCGUUCGACGACGACGCGCGCGUCCGGACGGUGUACUACCCCGAGACUGCGGAGCUCCUCCGGAAGGCGACGGGAGCGAAGAGGGUCGUCGUGUUCGACCACACCGUACUGCGAUGCACGCCACGCCGAGAAAGACGGCACUGUCAAACGAACGCGGGAGGGCUCCUCGCGCAGACCAGUCGUACGUCCUCUCUUCUCCCCCGGCCUUUGGAGCGCGUGCACCAGCUGCUGGGCGCGGACGCGCCGCGGCUCCUCUGGGGGUGGACGCGGCUGAUCAACGUCUGGCGGCCGAUCGCGCACGCGGUCGCGCACCGGCCGCUCGCGGUGGGGGACUGGCGCACGCUGGACGAGAGCGCGGGGCAGCUGGUGCCGGUCAAGUACGUGUACCCGGGCCAGGAGGGCGCGACGUUCUCGGUCAAGUACAGCGCGCGGCCCCAGUUCUGGUACCUGGGCGGGAUGCGGCGGGAGGAGGUGGUGUUGAUCAAGUGCUACGACUCGGAGGAGGGCGGCGUCGCGCGGCUCAGCCCGCACUCGGCGUUCGUCGACGGCGGGAGCCCGAAGGACGCGCCGACGAGGCAGCUGUCGAUUGAGCUGAGGGCGUUGUGUUCGACGAGGAGUAGUCGCGGAGAUCAAUUGGUAGGGCACUGA